AUGAUUUUGUUAUUUCUGUUUUUCGGUGAGAAUGCAGCAAGAACAAAAUUCUACCAUGUCUGUGGACAUCAAUCCAUACAAGAUAAAGAAGCAAUUAGUGUUAUGGAAACAACAAUUGCAGAUUCAUUUGAACCUAUAAGAAUUAAAUUCAGUGUAACACCGGACACACUUUCUUGUGCAGCCGCAAGUGGAUCAGUCUCAUGGAAUGGUGUUAACUACACUUGCGAAGCAGAUGACGUUCUCUCUGCAGAGAAAAAGACUGCUCUUGAAACUACAUUAGGCAAUGUCAAUACAUAUCUUUCGAAAUUACUCAAAGUUCGACGCUUAAAAGAUAAAAUUACCCUUAAAAAUUACAAAUCUUUAACUACAAGUCUUGGAUCUGGCGAUAAUGCAGAAGUAAGCGAUAUCGAUUUAGUUGUUAAUGUUAUUCCAAGACCAUCUAAGCCUAAUCUUGAACAAAUAGCUCUAACAGCUAUCACUCAAAUUGAAAAUCAAGCUUUUAGACCAGUUCAAGCUGUAAUGUUUGUCAAUACACGAUACCUACCAACAACAGCAAGUAACAUCGAUUCUGAUGAUGACCGAUUCUUUUAUACGUUAUUACACGAAUCUUUACACGCCUGUGGAAUUUCAGCUUCACUUUACGAUCGCUAUCAUCCUUUGAAUACAUCAACACCUCACGAAAAUAUUGUUCUUAAUGCAACGUGGCAUACUAAGUUAAAUACUGGUGAACAACAGAGAGAAUACAGUUUCUUAGUUACUCCUAAGGCCCAUCAAUUCGCAAUCAAUCACUAUAACAUUACUUAUAUUACUUAUGGCAAAUCAAGCGUUGUAUCUGGAAUUGAAUUAGAAACUACUGAAGGAAUUGAAAAAUCACAUCCAGAGGCAAUGAGAUUCCAAACUGAUGUCAUGACAGGAUUCAUUAUGGAAGCUGAGAAAGCGAAAUUCUCAAGAGUAACUGAUGUAACACUUGCAAUGCUAUUAGAUACAGGAUUUUAUAAUGUUGACUAUACACAAAUGCAACCAAUUAUAUAUGGAAAUAGUAGAUCUGUUAAUGGAAAUCCUAAUCCAGAUUAUGGCCAAAAUUUGCCACAACUAAAAUUCCCCAAGGGAACAUUCUAUGAAUUCUCAGACAGCUGGGACACUACUAUGUUUGACUUUAAGCAUAGUGGAACUCUCGAUAUUGAUAGUCUUGGCUCAGCAAAUUGCGCCGAAAAUCAUUUUUCUGAUACUUAUUGCUCUGCCACCUACUUUUACAAUCCUAUGGGAUACUUUAAUGUAACAAUGGAACCAACUUAUGACUGGGCUUUAAUUAAAAUCCCAACAACGAAUUGCCCAAAUGGAAAAGCCUUUCUUCCUGGCAACGAUACAGAAUGCGGAACAUAUUCGUGUGCAGCUAACAAUUCAUCAUAUAUGUUUACAUAUAAAGGUGAAUCAAAUGCUGAAAAAACAAUCACAUGUACAAAAGAAGACGAAACUUAUACAUCAUUUAAACGCUCUGGAGAAUAUCCAUAUACACUGAAAUGUGCUGAUCCUGUUAGAUUUUGCAAUACUGUUAAGCAAUACGAAUCUAAAUUCACAUCCGAUCCAUUAUACGAAUAUACACCACCAGGUGGAGGAGGUGGUACACCAACUCCAUCAGGUGGCAGCGGUGGCAGCGGUGGCGGCGGUGGAGGUGGUAGUGAAUUGACCGAUAAGCAGAAGAAAAUCAUCAUUAUAGCAAGUGUAUGCGGUGGUGUCUUCCUUAUCAUCCUCAUUGCAUCCAUUUGUUGGUAUCAACACACCCAAAAAGAUGAAGAUGACGAAGAUAACGAUGAUAAGUCAACAAGUGAUCUUUACAGCAGUAACUCUAUAUAA